UAAUGGUGGGUUUAUCUCUAGGAGAACAACAUUUCAUUCAAGGUGGCAUUGCUCAGGAUCUUCGUUGUGAUGGUAGAAAGCGAUUGACUUAUCGACCGAUCAAUGUUGAAACUGGAGUCAUUCCUCAGGCAAAUGGUUCGGCCAGAGUAAGAAUUGGUGCUACAGAGGUCAUUGCUAGUGUGAAGGCUGAACUUGGAAAACCAGGCGUAGUGCAACCUGACAAGGGGAAAGUAUUUAUAUAUAUUGACUGUAGUUCGACUGCUGAGCCAGCUUUUGAGGGUAGAGGGAGUGAGGAAUUGUCAGCAGAACUGUCAGCUGCUCUUCAUCGCUGUCUCUUGGGUGCUAAAAGUGGAGCAGGUGCUGGAAUUGAUCGCACUUCACUUGUAGUUGUCGAAGGAAAAAUUUGUUGGGAUCUUUAUAUUGAUGGGCUUGUUGUUAGUUCAGAUGGAAAUUUGUUAGACGCUCUAGGUGCUGCCAUCAAGGCUGCUUUGAGUAAUACCGGUAUUCCAAGUGUCAAAGUUGCUCCUGGUGCAUCAAGUGACGAGCAACCAGAAGUUGAUGUAAGUGACGAGGAGUUUCUGCAGUUUGACACAUCUGGAAUCCCUGCUAUAGUUACACUGACUAAGGUUGGGAGGCACUAUAUUGUGGAUGCAACACCUGAAGAGGAAUCACAAAUGAGCUCUGCAGUUUCUAUCUCUAUUAAUAGGAAAGGGCACGUCUGUGGUAUAACCAAACGAGGAGGCGCAGGACUGGAUCCAAGUGUCAUUCUUGAUAUGGUAUCUGUGGCUAAGCAUGUAAGCGAGCAGUUAACGAAUAAACUGGAUUCAGAAAUAGCUUCUGCUGAAGCUGAAGAUGAGUCGUGACAGAGAACUUUGUGAUCACUAGGAUAUGUUGUACACUAUAGUUGGAAGUGCUUUUUAUAAUUCAUACUUUGAGUUGUGCUGACUUAAUUUUAGCUUUGUAAUAGUCUUUUAAUACUACCAUACACGAUUUGAUUCAGAAAUAGCUAGUGAUGCACUUUUGGUAGCCACGAAGUGAAAUGUUAUGACAUGUUAGGUGAUUUAAACAUGUCUUUCUA